UGGGUGUGUGUUGUUGUAGUUAAAUAUCCUAUAAAACUGCAACAAAGAGCGCAGAUGCAACAUGACGCACUUGAGCUUGUCAAAAGCUUGUGCAUGGAGAUAUUAGAGUUGGACGAUGCCAAAGCCUUCUCUUUAUUUCAACAACCACUUUUAAUUGCCGCAAAUUUAGGCACUCACGAAAUUAUAGAAGAGAUUGUAGACGUAUUUCCUCCAGCAAUUUGGGCUUCGGAUGAGGAGAAUCAUAACGUGUUUCAACUUGCUGUCUUACAUCGUCGAGAAAAUGUUUUCAAUCUUAUACAUCAAAUGAGUGAUUACAAGCAUCUAAUCACAAGAUAUAUAGAUCACCGCAUGAUAAUAACAUAUUACAUUUGGCUGGCAAGUUACCAUCUUCAGACAGGCUUAAUCUUGUAUCGGGUGCAGCUUUACAAGUUCAACGGGAGUUGCAAUGGUUUAAGGAAGUGAAGAAGUUUGUGCAGCCUGGCCAAAAAGAGGCAAUAAACAAAGA